UAACUCUGCUACUGUCUGUCUAUCCGCUUGUCUGCUGUGGUGUCUAUAUCGUGUGGCUGACUUGAUGGUGCAUAAAUCGCCGUGUGUUCUUUAGCAACAAGUUCAUAUCGAUUUUAACAUUCGUGCGGUUAUAAUCGAUACUUCUUGUUUGCCGUCCGCUUGCUUCGCUGUUGUAGUUGUUGUAGUUAUUUUUGUUUUGUUUCGCUUAGUGUAUCCUUCUAUCCUUAAUUUAUUCAAUUUUGUUGUUAUUCGCAAUACAUUAUCUUAUACAUACAUAUUCAUAAGGCGUGAAGUGUGGCGUUGACUCAAUUCGGUCCGUGUUGGUGUGAAAUUGUGCGACACAAUCACUUGUGGCGCUGUAAAGUGAAAAAGUGAAACAAAAAAAUACAAAAAGGACUUUAAUAAUUAAAGGCCAUCAAGAAAAGGAGUAGACAAAUAAAACAAUGCAAUAAAUGGUUGUUUGCAUUUGAAUUAAACGUUAUAAUUUUUGGAAUUAUUCAGAAAAGCCUCAAUCUCAUAGCAGCAACAUAAAGAGGAGAAGGAAGACUCCAUCAAAAUGAGUUUCAGUGGCCAGGGUUCCUCUGGUGACAGUAAUGUCCGAAAACUGUCGUUUUUGGGAUUUAGUACGAAAAAGUCAAGUGGCAAUGAAGAUCCCAAUGAAGUUCAUUUGGACUCGGAAAUGGAAAAAGUUUUCGCUGGUCCAUCUGCCCUUAAAGAAAAAUUUGAUGUAACCACAUUUCAGGAUUCCGUUCAUCCAAUACCCGGUAGCUUUAAAAAUAUUAAUAGUGCCAAUCGUAAAAAUUUACCAGGAGAAUUAAAUAUAGAAGAACAAAACGAAUACGAACAGGGUAACGAAGCAACAAAUGCCCAAAAUUACGAUGAUAUCCCCGAAGAUUAUCCAUUAGUUUCAGAACGUGCGGGUCAUGGAGAUCAUUCGGAUAAUUCCACAGAUGAAAAACGUGUGCAAUUUGGUAAAAAGAAAGCAUCAGUUGUUACACCGCCCAGUCUAAGUUAUGAUGAACAACCCAACGACAAUAUACACGAACGUAAAAGAAGAAAAAGUCGAAUACAGUAUUAUAGACAACGGAAAUUUUCCCAUCAAGACAGCGUGGAAGCCAAAAAAGUCACCGAAGAAAACGGCGAUGCCGGUAAUCACAAAAUAUCAGCACCGGAAGACGCGUCACUGGAGGAGGCGGAUCUUAAUGAAUUAAGAUCACAUCGUUCGGAUGAUCCUCGGGCAUUGAGAAGGCACAAAAUUCAUCAUUCAUCCAUUAAAUUAAGGGAAUUGCCACAAAUAAGUGUGGCCGGAUUACAGCAGCAAGCUAAAAAGGAAUUCGAUCACAGUCCACAUGAAAUUUUUGUACAGCUUGAUGAGCUUAUGGGAUCCGGUGAGGAUCGUGAGUGGAAAGAAACGGCACGUUGGAUCAAAUACGAAGAAGAUGUUCAAGAGGGCUCUGAUCGCUGGGGCAAAGCUCAUGUGUCUUCACUUUCAUUUCAUUCAUUGCUUAAUUUGCGUCGUUGUCUUGAAACAGGUGUUGUGCUUUUGGAUUUAAACGAAAAAGACUUGCCAGCUGUUGCAUAUCGCGUUGUUGAACAAAUGGUUGUUGAUGACUUAAUCCACACAGAUGACAAACCGGCCGUAUUGCGUUCUCUACUUUUGCGCCAUCGUCAUGUCAACGAACACCAAAGUGGUUUUCCUUUUACCAAACGAAAGUACAAUAGCUACACAAGUUUACAGUUGCUUUUAUUGGGAAGUGAAAAUAAUAACCAACAACAAUUGCAGUUGCAACAACGAAUUCGAAUAAAUGCAUCCAACGCACCGGCACGUCGUUCAAUCUGUGAAACACUGAGUGCACCUCCAGCGACAGCAGUCACUAUUGAGGCAUCCUGCCGUAGACAUUCCACACUGUCCUACAUGGGUAAUCUUUCCGGUGAUGAUAAGAAAAUUAAAAUUAUGCCCGCCCUAGAAAUUGGAGGCAGCAAGAAAAGCAAUGAUUUGAAAAUUGAUAUGAAGGACGAUAUGUACUCAUCGUCACAGGAAGACCUUAAGAAACUACAAAAUGAUACCAUCCUCAAGAGGAUUCCUCAGGGAGCAGAAGCCACAACGGUCUUGGUGGGUGCUGUUGAUUUCUUGGAACAACCAACCAUUGCCUUCCUGCGUUUGGCAGAAGGUGUUCCAAUGCCAAGUCUAACAGAGGUACCCAUUCCCGUUCGUUUCAUGUUCAUUCUGUUGGGACCACCCAAUUAUGACUUGGAUUAUCAUGAAGUGGGUCGUGCCAUUGCCACUCUCAUGGCCAACGAAUCAUUCCACGGCAUUGCCUAUACAGCCGAUGAUAGAAAAGAUUUACUCUCGGCCAUAAAUGAAUUCUUGGAUGAUUCGAUUGUUUUGCCACCGGGUAAUUGGGACCGUCAUGACUUGUUGCCAUUCGAAGAGCUGAAAGCCAAGAAAGACUGGAUUCGUUCGCGUAAGACCAAGGCUCUCCAGAACAAGAAAGAGCAAAAAGAAAAGCAAAUCAAUAACAUCGGCACUGAUCUAAUAAGUGCUUUGGUCGAGAAGAAACCGGAUGAUGACGAUGAUGAUGAAAAGAAAAAGCCAAGUCCCUUGGAAAAAACUCAUCGCUUGUGGGGUGGUCUACGUAACGAUUUAAAGCGUCGCUUGCCCAUGUAUCGCAGUGAUAUUCUGGAUGGUCUGAACACUGAAACUUUGGCCGCAACGAUAUUCAUGUAUUUUGCAUGUCUCUCUACGGCCAUUACCUUUGGUGGUUUGGCUUCGGACAAGACCCACAAUUUGAUUGGUAUAUCGGAGACGCUGUUGAGCGCAUCCGUUGUAGGUGUUAUAUUCCACUCCCUGGCUGGUCAACCUUUGGUAAUUAUUGGAACAACGGGACCGCUAUUGCUGUUCGAUGAGGCCCUAAAUAACUUUUGUAAGGAAAAUGGAAUAAGCUUUUUAACCAUACGAGCCUAUAUUGGCAUAUGGUUGGCAGUUAUCUCAAUUUUGGUCUCGGCAUUCGAGGGAAGCGUUUAUGUACGUCUCCUGACUCGUUUCACACAGGAAAUAUUCUCGGCUCUUAUCACGCUGAUUUAUAUUGUGGAGACCAUUAUGAAACUUGUAUCGGUGUAUAAGAAACAUCCCCUCCUGGCUGAUUAUAAUUUACCACCUCCGACAAUGGUCGGUUCUUCCGCCUUGGAUAGGGGCAAUGAAACCGUCUUGGGUUUGGAAGAUUCAUCCAGCUUGGAAGGAGCAAAUUUGACAACGAAUGCCAACACAACAGUGGAUUAUGGAUCUCUUUCUCCCUUGAAUAUGCCCAAUACGGCGUUAUUUUGUACCAUCCUCACAUUGGGCACCUUUACAGUGGCCUACUAUCUGAAGCUGUUCCGUAACUCACACUUUUUGGGACGUAAUGCCCGUCGUGCCCUGGGUGAUUUUGGUGUACCAAUUUCCAUAACGAUAUUUGUUAUGGUUGACUAUUUCAUUCCGCAAGUCUACACCGAGAAGUUAAGUGUACCCGAGGGCAUUUCACCCAGUGAUCCUGUUAAUCGCGGUUGGCUGGUUAGUUUGGGUCCCGUUGAAACCUGGUUGCCAUUCAUGGCUGGCAUUCCCGCCCUCUUAGUAUACAUUCUCAUUUUCAUGGAAUCACACAUAUCCGAAUUGAUUGUUGAUAAACCAGAAAGAGGAUUAAAGAAAGGAUCUGGUCUGCAUUUUGACAUUGUCCUUCUGUGUUGUCUGAAUAUGCUUUGCGGAUUCUUUGGCAUGCCAUGGCAUUGUGCUGCAACUGUGCGUUCGGUGGCUCAUGUCUCUGCCCUUACUAUCAUGUCGAGAACCCAUGCUCCCGGUGAAUCUCCGAGAAUUAUUGAUGUCAAAGAGCAACGGCUAUCUGGCUUCUUUGUAUCCCUGAUGAUUGGUUUGUCUGUUACCAUGGCACCCUUGUUGCGUCUCAUUCCUAUGGCUGUGCUGUUUGGUGUGUUCCUUUAUAUGGGCGUUGCUUCGAUGAGUGGUGUCCAGUUCUUUGAUAGAGUGAGAUUAUUCUUUAUGCCCGUAAAACAUUAUCCGCCAACGCCGUACGUUAAGAAAGUUCCUACCUGGAAAAUGCACCUGUUUACGACCAUACAAGUUUUAUGUCUGGUUGUACUGUGGGCUGUGAAAUCCUCAAAGAUAUCGUUGGCGUUCCCCUUCUUUUUGGUAAUGAUGGUACCGAUUCGUAUGAAAUUAGCAGCAAUGUAUAAGCCUCAUGAAAUUGCAGCGCUGGACGGAAGUGAAGCCCAGGCCGAUGAAGAUGAACCCGAUUUCUAUGAAGAGGCAACCAUUCCAGCCUAGAUAUAUUUUAUUGUUAAAACUCCUCAUAAAUCCCUUCGACUAGAACUAGAAAAAUGCACAAAUUUUGUUGUUAUUGUUGGUAAUUUCGACAAACACUUUAAGAGAAAAUAAAAGAAAACAAACAAAAGAAAUUACAAAAUAAAUAAUUUAUUGUUAAAUUCUCGAGAAAACUAUUAGAAUGAAACUCUACGAGUAUGUGAAAUACUGGUUGCAAUUGCAACAUGUUUUAGCCUAAAUGUAAUUAAGUACUUACAUCUGUUAGCAUGUACUAAAUAUAGAUAAACAAAUUUCAAUUAUUCACACAAAAUACACUCACACACACACACUUAAAUCUUUUUAAAACUGUAAAAUUAGCACCCCUAAAUUCAAAACAAAAGAAAUAACUAAAAUAUUUUAAUAAAUCUUGUUAUUACAAAUGUAAACUUCAAAAGAAAAGUAAAAAAAUAACUUAAAAAAAUUAAACUUUGUGAGCUUUAUUACUAAAAGUAUUAAAUCUAUGUAUGUAAAAUUAUAAGAAAUAAUUUUAAUAUCUUUAAAGCAUAACGAGCAACCAUUGUAAAUUUACACAUAAAUACGUACUUACUGUAAAUCGUUUAUGUUUUGUAUUUAGGUUUUUGUUUCCUCUAUGUAUAAAUUCCUAUUUAUUUGUUAUAUAUAUGUAAAAAAAAUAAUAGUCGCAAACAAUACUUAAUAAAA